CACUAAAUGACUGUAGCACUGCACUGGUAUAGUGAGUGGCAGCGCUGCGGUGUGUUUUUUUGUAAGGGUAUACAGCUUGGUGUGUUGCUGAAGCUCUCGGCUGAUCUCUGUGAUAUUGAGACUCGCACCGCGCCCCUCCCUCUCAGCCAAUAACAUCUAAGGUCAUGUCAACUUUCUGUUUUUUUUCCUUCUUCACUCACACCCUCCUUGGACCCCCCCAAGGCAGAUUAGGAACCUCCCAGCGUGACCGUUUCGCUCUCUUUCUCUCUCUGUGACUCACUUUACCAAACCGAACCGAACCGAACCGAACCCGGCGAGACCCGAGACUUAUUAAAUAGCGUCUCCCGACCCGCCUAAGAACACUGGCUCGAACUCGCUGGUUUUAUAUUCGCGUGGUUUAAUCUGAUUUAUGUAUUUAAGUAACUGAUCUUGGACUAACCCUUACAGUUCUGCGUGUUACCACCAGCCCAGGGCUAUGCCGGCAAGCUUUCAACAAAUCGGAGGCGAGAGGGUGACGGCGACGCUGGUUCUGAGUGUUUUCUCAGCAGUUUUGGGGUCCCUGCAGUUUGGGUACAACAUCGGAGUCAUCAAUGCACCCCAGAAGAUUAUCGAGCAGAGCUACAACGCCACGUGGAUGCACCGCCAUGGCUCCCUCAUCCCCCCCGCCACCCUCACCACGCUGUGGUCCCUCUCCGUGGCUAUCUUCUCCAUCGGGGGCAUGCUGUCUUCCUUCAGCGUGGGCGUGGUCUCAGAGUGGCUCGGCAGGAAGAAAGCCAUGUUGAUAAAUAACCUCUUGGCUUUCAUUGGUGGAGCCCUGAUGGGCAUGUCCAAGCUGGGCCAAUCAUACGAGAUGAUGAUCCUGGGACGCUUUUUCAUUGGCGCAUACUCAGGUCUGGCCUCUGGCUUGGUGCCUAUGUAUGUAGGGGAGAUUUCUCCAACCAGUUUGAGAGGGGCACUGGGAACGCUGCAUCAGUUAGCCCUUGUGACGGGAAUACUGGUGGCGCAGAUCUUCGGGCUGCCAGGGAUUCUGGGUACGGAGGAGCUGUGGCCGGUCCUCGUCGGGCUGACCGUUCUCCCCACCGUCCUGCAGAUGGCGCUGCUGCCGUUCUGCCCUGAGAGCCCGCGCUACCUCUACAUCAUCCGCGGAGAGGAGCAGCACGCCAAGAGAUGUCUGAAGAGGCUGACCGGCAGGCAGGAUGUCAGCGAGUUCCUGUUGGAGAUGAAGGAAGAGAAGAGGAGGAUGGAGAUGGAGAGGAAGGUGUCCAUCGCUGAGCUCUUCCGCUCCCCGGCCUACCGGCAGCCCAUCAUCAUCGCCAUGGUGCUGCAGCUCUCCCAGCAGCUCUCCGGGGUCAACGCCAUCUUUUACUACUCCACCAGUAUCUUUGAGAAGGCGGGCGUGCAGAGUCCAGUCUACGCUACAAUUGGGGCUGGGGCUGUAAACACAGCGUUCACUGUGGUGUCGCUGUUCCUGGUGGAGAGGACGGGCCGGAGGACGCUACACAUGCUGGGAUUGGCUGGAAUGGCCGCCUGUGCCGUCAUCAUGACCGUCGCCCUCGCCCUAUUGGAGCGCGUUCCGUGGAUGAGCUACAUCAGCAUGCUGGCGAUCUUUGGCUUCGUGGCGUUCUUUGAGGUGGGCCCCGGACCGAUCCCGUGGUUCAUCGUGGCGGAGCUGUUCAGCCAGGGUCCCAGACCAGCGGCCAUGGCCGUCGCCGGCCUCUCCAACUGGACGGCCAACUUCAUCAUCGGCAUGGGCUUCCAGUACAUCGCAGAGGCGUGCGGUCCCUAUGUCUUCCUCAUCUUCGCAGCUCUGCUCCUCUUCUUCCUCAUCUUCACCUACUUAAAGGUUCCCGAGACGCGCGGCAAAACCUUCGACCAGAUCUCCUCGGGAUUCCGCAGCCGGCCAGCCUCCCUCCUCGACAUGGAGGAGAAAGCCAGCACUGAGAUGGAGUGCCUGGGGGAGGGGAGCCUGUCAUAGCGGCUGAGACACCACCUCCCUCCCUCUCUCUCUCUACUCCCCCAGCACUGAGAUGGAGUGCCUGGGGGAGGGGAGCCUGUCAUAGCGCCUGAGACACCACCUCCCUCCCUCUCUCUCUCUACUCCCCCAGCACUGAGAUGGAGUGCCUGGGAGAGGGGAGCCUGUCAUAGGGGCUGAGACACGCUUCCCUCCCCCCCCCUCUCUCUCUACUCCCCCAGCACUGAGAUGGAGUGCCUGGGGGAGGGGAGCCUGUCAUAGGGGCUGAGACACGCUUCCCUCCCCCCCCUCUCUCUCUACUCCCCCAGCACUGAGAUGGAGUGCCUGGGGGAGGGGAGCCUGUCAUAGCGGCUGAGACACCACCUCCCUCCCUCUCUCUCUCUCUCACCCUCCUCUCUCUACUCCCCCAGCACUGAGAUGGAGUGCCUGGGGGAGGGGAGCCUGUCAUAGCGGCUGAGACACGCUUCCCUCCCCCCCCCUCUCUCUCUACUCCCCCAGCACUGAGAUGGAGUGCCUGGGAGAGGGGAGGCUAUCAUAGCGCCUGAGACACCACCUCCCUCCCUCUCUCUCUCUCACCCUCUUCUCUCUACUCCCUCAGCACUGAGAUGGAGUGCCUGGGAGAGGGAAGCCUGUCAUAGCGGCUGAGACACGCCUCCUCUCUCUCUCUCCCUCUACUCCCCCAGCACUGAGAUGGAGUGCCUGCGAGAGGGGAGGCUAUCAUAGGGGCUGAGACACGCCUCCUCGCUCUCUCUCUCUCUCUACUCCCCCAGCACUGAGAUGGAGUGCCUGCGAGAGGGGAGGCUAUCAUAGGGGUGAGACACCACCUCCCUCCCCUCCUCUUUGCAGCUUCUCAUCUAAAAAAAAAAAAAAAAAAAAAAAAAAAAAAUCACAGUAUUUGAGUGACUGAAAGGUAAGCAUUGUAAAAUUAAAAACGGCUUUCCUGACAUUUCUGUGCGUCAUAGAGACGUGGCUGGUUUUGAGAGAGAGAGAGAGAGAGAGAGAGAGAGAGAGAGAGAGAGAGAGAGAGAGAGAGGGAGGCUACAAAGGAAGGCAAUGAAAUCCAGCACUUUAAAAAGUCCCCACAAGCCAGAAAGCUACUACUGUCUCCCGGUGAAGAGACUUGCGUGUGCGUGUUAGCAUGUGUGUUAAAACCGGGCUGUGGUGCGGUCCGUCAAAGCCAUGCCCAUGGGCAGCACAUGUGCCAACCAGAAACUACCUGCUUCUGAAUCUGCAAGCUGCAUCUCGUAUACAGCACAGGUCUUUUAUAGAUACAUGUAUUAGUCUUCACAGACACUGUCGGGGUUUGCUGUUGUAGACGUGUGCAAUGUCUCUUACUAGUUUUGUUUGUUGUGUUUAAUUUAUUUAUCAAGAGAGAUAAAGGAGUCAAUAAAACUGAAUACAAGGGGUCCUCGAUUCCUUUGGGGUGUCUUCGGGUGUGCCUGUGCAGAAAUCGAUUUUUAAACAGAAAAUAUGUUAUUACAUAUAUAUAUAUAUAUUUUUUAAAAAGGUAGUAUUUUUUUGAAAAGGCAUAAUAUUUUAUUUAUCUGAUGCGUAUUUAAUAGUCAGUUAUUACUGUUCCUGCAUGCAGCGAUAUUUGGUACGUUUAAUUAAGCCCAGAUCUUUAUAAAUAAAUGGCAGAUUAUAACACUAAAAACAAAAUAUAUAUAUAUAGGACUAUGAAUGGAUACUCCUUGAAAAUAAAUCUUGCAUGCAAAGCCCAAUAGCUUUAAGCAGUUAUCCAAGACUAACUGGUGCAGUCCCCCCUCGUGGCCACAAGGGGGCACCAAAGCGACACGACUUGGAAUCUCAUCACUGAAACAGGGGGUGGCUUGCAGUAGGACCGCCCCCUUAGAGGGAGGAGUCAGCAGUAGCCCCUCCCCCAAAAUGAACACACACAUACAAGAGAAAAUUGACUUUCGUUGUGUACAUUUCUGUGUAAAUACAUUGUGUCGAUAGACUGCCAAACCAGCCUCAGAUUCGUAACAAAGCAUACUGCGACCACGAUCUGUAGAUUUGUGUGACUAACCAUUUGUAUUGUAAAUGAAAUGCAUAUAAAGAAUGUGUAAUGAAUAUUUGUAUUAAACUUAGAGUUCCAUAAA